AUGGCCAGACCCUGUGCUUUCCUGAUGACCAUGGUGCUGAUGAGCUACUGGUCAACCUGCUUUCUGGGAUGUGACCUGCCUCAGACUCAUAACCUCAGCAACAAGGGAGCCAUGACACUCCUGGCACAAAUGAGGAGACUCUCCCCUCUGUCCUGCCUCAAGGACAGAAAGGACUUUGCAUUCCCUCUGGAGAAGGUGGAUGCCCAGCAGAUCCAGAAGGCCCAAGCCAUCCCUGUCCUGCAGGAGCUGACCCAGCAGGUCCUGAUCCUCUUCAGCUCAAAGGACUCAUCUGCUGCUUGGGAGACAGCCCUCCUAGACACAUUCUGCACUGGCCUCCACCAGCAGCUUAAGGACCUGCAGGCCUGUCUGAUGCAGCAGGUGGAGGUGCAGGAACCUCCCCUGAGCCAGGAAGACUCCAUGGUGGCUGUGAGGAAAUACUUCCACAGGAUCACUGUCUACCUGAGAGAGAAGAAACACAGCCCCUGUGCCUGGGAGGUGGUCAGAGCAGAAGUCUGGAGAGCCCUGUCUUCUUCAGCCAAGUUGAUGGCAAGAUUGAGUGAGGAGAAGGAGAAGUCCUGA